ACACAGGGAAGAUCGUUGAGGAGGAGACAUCCAUGAAGAUGUUCUACACAAGCUGCUUUCUCAUCGCACUGGCGAUCACCGUUCAGUCAGGUCCGAUCCCGAAACAAGCCGAGCAAGAUGAUGCUUUUGCAGAGGCUUACCUGAAGAAAUUCUACAACCUCACUACAAGUAAUAAUAAAGGAAGAUUCAAUGAUUUGGGUUUCAAGCUAGCUGAGAUGCAAAAGUUUUUUGGACUCACCGUGACAGGGACGCUGGACUCCCAGACCCUGGAGAUGAUGAAGAAGCCACGGUGUGGUGUUGUUGAUGUGGGUGCGUACUCCACGUUCGGAGAAGACCUCAAAUGGCAAAAAAACCAGCUGACCUACAGGAUCGAGAAUUACACUCCUGACAUGUCUGCAGCUGAAGUGGACGACUCUCUCGAGAGAGCUCUGCAGGUCUGGGCUCGCGUCACUCCUCUGAGGUUUACCCGCAUCUACAGCGGUGAAGCCGACAUCAUGAUCUCCUUCGGAAGAGGAUCACAUGGCGAUGCCUACCCGUUUGAUGGACCAUCAGGCACUCUGGCUCAUGCUUUUGCCCCAUCUAGUGGCAUUGGUGGAGAUGCACAUUUCGAUGAAGAUGAAAGCUUCACCUUCUCUUCCAGUAAUGGAUUUAUUUUGUUCCUGGUGGCGGCUCAUGAGUUUGGUCACUCUCUGGGUCUGUCUCACUCCAGUGACCCCGGGGCCCUCAUGUACCCGACAUACAGCUACAGAGACCCAAAAACAUUUGUUCUGCCUGCAGAUGAUGUCAAAGGCAUUCAGUCUCUCUAUGGUCCAAACCCUGAUAAACCUGUCAAUCCCAGUAAACCCAAUCCACCUCCAGUCACCCCGAGCGCCUGCGACCGUACGCUGGUCCUCGACGCUGUGGCAACUCUGCGUGGAGAGAGGCUUUUCUUCAAGGGCAGCUUCUUCUGGCGCUUAAUUGGGACCAACAGUGUCCAGCAGCAGCUGAUCAAAAGCUUCUGGCCUGAGGCUCCAGAUAAUAUCGAUGCUGCAUACGAGAACACUGUGCAAGACAGGCUGUACCUCAUCAAAGAUCAGUCCGUCUGGGCUUUCAGUGCUUAUGACCUUGUGAGUGGAUUUCCCAAGAGCCUUAGCAGCUUGGGUCUGCCUGCCAAUGUGAAGAAGGUCAGCGCUGCGCUUUUCAACCAAAACACUGGCAAGACCUUGUACUUUGUGGACAACAAAUACUACAGUUAUGAUGAAAACAAGAAGAAGAUGGACACUGGAUACCCCAAACUGGUAGAACAAGGCUUUCCAGGAGUCACUGGGAAAAUCACUGCUGCUUUCCAGUACAGGGGCUUCACCUACCUCUACAGCGGUACUAACGUUUUUGAAUACAACACUUCUACCAAGAAGGUGUUGCGUACGCUUGAUAACAACUACUUCUUGAAGUGCUAGUGAUUUUUGUUGUAGAUCUCAGUUGAUCAUAUAAUAAGUUAAUCUUUUACUGUAUGUUUUUUUGUGACUUAUUCACUAGUUUGUUUUAUCAUAAGAAUUAGUUGAGAUAUAUAAUUCCAGAUCCUUUUUGCUUUUGCUGUAAAAUAAAUAAAUAAAUAAAUAAAGAUUGCAUAUAAAAAAUA